AGUUGCAUACAUCACUCUGUUCUUUGGCAUGAGUAUAGAUUUGACUAAUGUUAUCCGUUCGGUGGAGUCUCUUGGAAAGAUGUUUAGGUACUCCAUGGGAGAACUUCAAAGUGGAGUUUUGGGGGGGUUGGAGCGUAAAUUGGGUGAGAUAUCUCGUAUUGUUCCUGGGAUCUUGAGGGGGCAGGAACAGAUCAGAUCGGAUAUCAACAGAUUAUGCAAAUAUCUCCAGGAACUGGACGAUGUUCAAGCACAGCGGGAUGAACGUAUUAGGUCCUUGCAGUUGGAUAUCAGACUGAGUUUGCCGGUUGUGGUCCCAGAGUCACUGUUGCACCACAAGUAUCAUCAUCCUCAGAAUCUACCUGCCAGCCACGAGAGUUUGGCAGCUAAGAUUGAUUUUAUUAUACAAUGUGUGCUUGUGCAGAGAGGUACCAAUAUUGACUGGGCCUCCAAGGAGAUUGUGUCUUUAGUGUUGAGAGAAACAGGAAGAAUGGCUGAUGGUCCAAGAAUCGAAAGAAGCACCCCAAGACUUGAGAUGUUGGAAAAGACUCAAGAAAUUGGGGCGAGUGAGCCGGUAACUAGGAUUAUUGUGGAUGGACGUGCAACUAGUGUUGUAGCUGGAAGUACAAGGAGUGCGGUAGCUAGUACUGAGUUCAGUCCCAACGCCCAAUUCAGCCCUCAGGCAUCUAACUCCAGUAGGGACCUCAGCUUGAUCGCAUCAUCGACACCUAAAACUUCCCCUAAGCUUUCUCCAGUCAACUACAACUAUAAGCUUGCCAAAAAGAUCAAACUCCCCGCAAUGGCAGACAUGAAACUUGCCAAAUCGCUAUGUGUAGCCAUGGAGCCACCGCCCUGGCAUUGUACCUUCAACACCCUGAAAAUCUAUUCGGUUGAAGGUCUCGUUAAUUACUGGUUCCUUGAUGAUUUUAUGGUAGAUGAAAAUGCAGAGCCUUGUGUGGCUCGGAAGAACCUUUUGUACGGCUGGAAAUGGAGAAAGAGGUUCGAAACCAGCUAUUUUAGAAAACUGUGCAUCAUUGAUUUUGUUCUUUCCAUCCACCACGGCACAAAGAAAAAUAAUUCAAGAAAGAAUGCACCCCAAUCAAUCACAUGUCUUCGUCUUAGGGAAAGACCCCUUCUUGAAAUUGCCAACUGGAUUGACAAGUGUAAAGAUGCUCGGUGUCGUGGGCUCACUCUGUUCCGAGAAUUUAUUGCCGAAGAUACGGAUGGUUUGAUCAUAGGCUUGAAUACCAUAUUGGAUGAAGCAGGUGUUGUUUAGCGUUUUUAGUAUUUAGUUGAAAUUGAUGAAAAUGAGGGU